UUGAAGUGGAAAUACGGAAAAAGUUAUCCUCUCUCUCCGAUGGCGUCGGAAAAUCCGCGUUCCAUCUACCGUAGGUAAUUCUGGAUGGACAAUCGUCACAUGGCGAGGUGGAACUGGAAGGAGCGAGCCUCCUUUCUCAUUUAUCAUUACAAGACAAACUACUCCUUCAAUCAUUCUUUGAUGGCGUCGGAAAACGUUCUCUCCGUUCUGUAAGAGUGUCAGCCGAAGGACCAGGAGCAGUCUACAGCACCGACGAACGGAAGGUUCUUCAUCGACACAUGGAGCCCACGAACAACGAACUUACACAUUCAGAACAUAGUGGCAGGCAGGCUGAUCUCUCACUUCAGAUACCUUCAAACAACGAACUUACACAAUCAGAACAUAGUGGCAGGCGGGCGGAUCUCUCACUUCAAAUACCCCCAAGACAGAUAUGUUUUAGUACUAACCUCAACAGAAAAGGUCCACCCCAAUCGCUUGGUUCCUCUCAAGGUAGUUCAUCUGCAAGUGGUUCAUUGCGGGGACUGACCUUCAAGAACCAGGCACCCAUGCCUAAUGAGAGAAGCCCCCUCCUCAAUUCAGAUUCCACUCCAAGACCAGACCUGGCAAUCCCUGAAAAUGCCAGUCUGGCAAGUUAUAUUGCAGCACUCACUUGGAAAAGAUGUGUGUCGCUUCCUGUAACGCCUGCAUCAAACUUGUCUCCUUCAAUUUCAAGCUCUGCUAGGGAGCCAACACGGAAUGACCAGCCGCCUUCAUAUAGACAGACAAUUCCAGCAAAAGUUCCAAGGUCCUUGUCCGUGCCAGUGCGAAAUGUUGUUAUUUUGAGAACUGGGUCCUUCGCUACCCCAAAAGAGCAAACAGGGAUGGAUACUAGUGAUGGUCUUAUCAGUCCUGCUCAUUUGGAAGAUGGUGAUGAAGAGAUUCCUGAAAAAGACGCAUGUUGCAGAAUCUGUCUUGAUGAACUUUGUGGAGGAGGAACUUCUCUCAAGCUGGAGUGCAGUUGCAAAGGUGACCUCAGGCUCAUGCAUGAGGAAUGUGCAAUGAAGUGGUUCAGCAGGAGAAACAACAAUAAAUGUGAUGUCUGUGGGCAAGAGAUUCUCAACCUACCUGUAACUUUAUUUCGGAUGCAGAGUUCCACUCAAAAUGAUAAUAUUCCACAUCACAUCAGACGUAACUCGAAUUCUCAGCUAACCAGAGCUUGGCAGGACGUUGUGGUGCUUAUCUUGAUCAGCACAAUGUGUUAUUUCUUUUUCCUCGAGCAGCUGCUGGUCAUUGACCUGAAGUCUCAAGCGAUCAUGAUCGCGGCACCAUUUUCUUUCAGCCUAGGCCUUUUGUCAUCACUGUUUGCAAUUGUCCUAGCAUGCAGGGAGUAUGUUUGGGCAUAUUCAGCAUUCCAGUUUUGUCUUGUUGUAUCGUUCCUCCACAUCUUCUAUACUAUGAUUGAAGUACCGGCAGUUUAUGCUGUUUUGUUUGCAGCACUUAUGGCUUUUGGGAUCGCAAUGAGCGUCAAUUCAUUGGUUCUCCGAAUUUUUGCUAGGAGAGCUCAGCUUGUUCGAACACAGACAAACUUAAGUCCAGUCUAAUUGAAGAGGAAUGAGCUUUAGCAUAUGUAUUCUUCUUCUAAUAGAAUCAUGCAUGUAUCAAAGUGAUUGCUCAGGACAAUUAGGUAGAACUUUAUUAAGGAAUGCUGAAAGUUACUCAACAAGUAAUUGCCUUGCAAAUUCUAUUUUGUACCCUCAUUUUUACAUUGAAUCUAUAACCUUACUAUGUGAUUGUCGUGUCCCA